ACGGAUAAUUUCGAAUCUACGGAAUGACGUUCAUGAGUGACGUGGUUUGCUGCUACGGUUCACAAAAUUGGUUUCGUUCCACGACGUCUUCAAUGUUGCAAACCAUUACAUGUAUCUAUUUACCACUGAAAUAAAGGUGUGGAAAAUACAAUUUAGGUGGCUCUAAGCUCUCUGCCAUGUCUUUGGAGAAGACCUCCGACCUGGCCAAUGAGAACACAUGCUUGCCGUCCUCGCUGACCCUUGACCUCCGCUCCCCACAUAGUGCUCUGCUUGAUUCUGACCUGAGCAAGAAGGCCAAAGGCACCACCACCUCCACCAAGAAGCGCCACAACUAUGCCACAUCCACACCUUUGGACCUGCUGAAUGGCACCAUGGGUAGCAAUUGCAUCGAUGAGGAAGAGUCCAGUCAACAGAGAGAGGAGGAGAGGGUCCGGAACCAGGAGAACGAGCAGGGACAGCACUGCACCGGGACCAAUGCCAAGUGGCUCAAGGAGGGUCAGAAUCAACUUCGCAAAGUGGCAGAGAGGCAGCAGGACCAGAAUAUAAAUUCUGACCAGGAUUUGAAUCACAACGAGAGCCCAGAUGGAAACCCCAACCAUAACUCUUUAGUGAUGGACCAGCAGGAGGAAGACAGUGAGCAGAACCCCUCUUCUAAGACCCUGAGGUCCCUCUGCUCUGACCUGAAUGAGCCUCUGCUGAUUGACACCUUAGAGACCCCUCAUGGGAAGGAGGAAGAGAAAGAAGAGAAAGAGGACAGGGAUGAGGAAGAGUCUCUACUACUUCCAACAGGUGGAGAGGGGGACACAGACUCGUCUGAGGCGCAAAGUAGCAGUGAGUCUCAGAGAUAUGACAGUGGAGAAGUGAAGGACACAUGCCUGCUGUUUCAGGGCAGAAACGCAGCACCCAGUGAUGAGGACUCCAGUUGCAUGUCACUGUCUCAGGGCAGCACAGCCAACAGCACGCCAGACAGUGACCCAGAGUCUUACUGGGACCGCAGUGCGUUUGAGACGGACACAGACCUGCCUGCGGGGUGGAUGCGGGUCAGAGACGAGUCGGGUACCUACUACUGGCACAUUCCCACAGGCACCACCCAGUGGGAGCCCCCCUCUCCCCUAGAGGAGGGAGAAGCCCCAGAAAGACCCUCCAGUACCUCCCCUGCCAUCACACCCAACGUGGAGCCACAGUUGAUGUGGAAUAGUCUCACCCAGUCCCGCCCCAACAGGUUUAAUGAUGAGGAGUUCUGGAAGGAGGAAGAUGCCAUGGCUGAUCAGACCCUAAAGGAUUUUGAAGGAGCCACAUUGCGUUAUGCCUCUAUCAACCUCAACUGCUCACAAUCUGAAGAAAAGGAAAAGAUGAACUCACUCAUCAAUGACCCGGAGGCUAAGGUUUUUGCAGUCCGGUCACUGGGCUGGGUGGAGAUAUCAGAGGAGGAGAUGGCUCCAGGGAAGAGCAGUGUGGCUGUCAACAACUGCAUCAGACAGCUCUCCUACCACAAACACAACCUGCACGACACGGCUGGGAUCUGGGGAGAGGGAAAAGACAUGCUCCUUGUUCUGGAGAAUGAAAUCUUGAACCUGAUAGAUCCGUUGGGCCAGACUCUGCUGCACACCCAGCCUAUCGUCAGCAUCCGAGUGUGGGGAGUGGGCCGGGACAACGGCAGGGAGAGGGACUUUGCCUACGUGGCGAGAGACAAACUGACUCAUGUUCUGAAGUGCCAUGUGUUCAGGUGUGACACACCUGCUAAGAACAUUGCCACGAGCAUGCAUGACAUCUGCUCUAAGAUAAUGGCCCAGAGAAAGUCAUCCAAGUCCUCUCUGAACAGACUCAACAUAGACCCCUCUAAACUGGCAGACAUUCCUUUCCAGGAAUUCCCUGCACCAAAGAAUGAGCUAGUCCAGCGCUUCCAGGUAUGUUACCUGGGUAACGUGCCAGUGGCCAAACCCGUAGGUAAGGAACGCUUUGGUAUGGACCUAGUUAACGUUGCCCUCGACACAGCAAUGAAUUCCAAAGACAAGGAAGAGUGGACGUCAGUUACUGUGAACGUGGCUUCAGCCACACUUACCAUAAUCACUGCUGAGACAGAGGAGGUUCUGUCAGAGUGCCGGGUGCGGUUCCUGUCCUUCAUGGGCGUGGGGAAGGACGUCCACACCUUUGCCUUCAUCAUGGCCGAAGGCCCCGGGGACUUCAUCUGCCACAUGUUCUGGUGUGAGCCCAACGCAGCCAGCCUCAGUGAGGCCGUGCAGGCCGCCUGCAUGCUGCGCUACCAGAAGUGUCUGGACGCCAGGCCGCCCAGUACCAGCUCCUGCCUGCCAGGCCCGCCGGCUGACUCCGUGGCACGCCGUGUGGGCUCAAGUGUCAAGAAGGGAGUUCAGAGCCUGCUGGGCAGCUUCAAGAGGUCUGGAUCCCAGACGCCCUGAGAGGUGCCAACUAACCCACUACACACCACUCCACCCCCAGGCCAAGCCCACCAUGAUAGCCAUGGUUCUCCUCACUCCUCCACUGCCUCUCUAUCACCCCCAUUCUGAGGUGUUAUGGUAGAACCUGCUUCCCUUCUCAUGGGCAGUGUGGGCUGCCUGUUGGGUUGGGGUACCUGUAAACCUAGCGCUGCUCACAGCUGCUCCAUGCGUAACGCUUCCUUCACUUCACCCUUGGUUGGACAAGUAGGCCAUCUUUUCCUUCACUUGUUUGUUUAAUCUGUGAAUUAUUAAAGGUGCAGAAGUUAUCUCAAUAUCAAAUAAUUUCUGGGUAAGAAUAAAGUACCUUACUGUGAUAUGUUUUCAGUUAAAAUAGUCAAACAAACAAAAAUAGCUUUUUAGCAAAGAGCAAUUUGUCAAGAAUUUAUCUAUGACUGUCAGGGAAUGGUCUGAGGUGGGGACUGAAAAUGAUAUUUUAUAGGAAGAGAUGUUUGGAACUCUUUCUUAUUGGUCUGUUAAGAGGAAACUGCUGGACUCUAGGACAGUGGUUUGAAUGACAGCAAGAGUUGGUUAAACUUGGUCUAGUUUACAAAGUAACAACACUAAUUAUGCUUAGGAAAACGGUUCCGUUCUGUAACAUUGUCUCUAUUUGUUUUGCAGAACAAAUAUAGUAUAUUAUUUGUGAAAAAUAGAAAUGGAAGAUGUGCAAUUGAAUUGUGAAUGUGGUUGAGCUCAUGCCAUGUGCUUGUGGCACUAUCAUGUUGGUUUUCAUUUCAAAAUGGAUAUAGACUUGAAAGAAAUUAGAAACAGUGGCAUGAGAAGUCUACAUAAAAUGCAGCAUGGUGAAUAAGUGUUGAGCUGGAAGCACUAAAACAUGCUAGCUAGCUAGCUAGCUAAUAUAAUAUUUGGCAAAUAAAUAUUUUGGAUAUAUAUAGUUUGUAUAGUACAUUUGUUGUCUUGCCGUUUUGUUUUAAGUCCCCUCUUCCUUCUGGGGGAGCUGGUAAACCAGCAAGUGCAUUAUCUUUAUUUUAUAGCAGCAUUUUUAUUUGUAUGUGUAUUGCAAAUUGCAGUAAAAUGUGUAUAGUUCAACUCCUCAAAUCUAAAAUGGAGAUGGCAUACUUUUAGAGCAUGACUCAAGUUUUAGUGAAACCUCUCAAGUCUCAAAGAAAGCUUAGGCUAUCUGUUACUGCACUCCAAGUGGACAGUAUGUUGGAGGAAGAUGGAAGCUUUCUGAUGACACAGCUAAAAGAAUUGUGUGUUUUAUGGUGGUCCUCAUUGUGCACAUUGUGUGGAAAUGGACCUGAAGUUGAUUUUAUCAUCCUUUUUUUAAUGAUCAGAUGUUAGUCUGUUGUGUAACCACAUUCUUUUAUCUGUUUAACCAUUUUUUUUUUUUAUACACGUGUUAAUUGUUUUCCUAUACUCCAUUCUGUAUGUCUAAACAUGUUUUGUGUGUUUAAUUUAGCUACAUCUGAGCAGUGACAGAGCUAUUUAUACCUACCCCCUUGUCCUUUCAAACUGUUUAUAAGAUCUGACAACUUUUAUGCCUCCUAAUUAAUUGGGUCUAAGGGAUGAAACACUAUCGUUGUGAUAGACAUGUCACUGAACUUGACAGCGUCUGUCAGUAACUCAGUCAUUUAACUCCCACUUCCUUUUUUAAUUUGUUUUUAAGCUCCUGACUGCCCUCUGCUGGGUUUAAGAAUAGUUAUUUUUCAUUAGCAGUGUGUCUGACAACACAACAGGAGCGCUAACAAGCCUGAUGCAUUUUGUUGUGCAAAGAUUGUAAUACGGAAAGUAUUUUUUACCCACAAACAGUGUUUGUCUAUGAAAGAGUCAGACUGAAGUAUGUGUGGAAGUUUCCUCCUUAGCGUGCAGUAUGUGUAAAUCAUAUGAACACUUCGCUGCAUAUAAACACAUCUUUAAAAUAAACUAUCCCAUAGUUGACUGAUGAGAGCAUAGUCUUCCCUUUUUGUUUUUGAAAGCAGUUGGUUAAAAAUACUUUCUUUUUUUAUGAAAUUAUUAUAUUUUUCUAAGUGUGUGUGUGUGUGUGUGUGUGUAACAUAUCUGUGAGAUGGAGAUGCCUUUUUAGCCUCAGUUCCUACCACUAUGUGGUCACUGGUGCAGCAGUGUUUCCAAAUCUAUAUCGCCAUACUAGUUAUCCCCCCUUCACUUUAUUGCGCCACAUUUCUCCAGCUCAUCUGUUUUGGACAGCAAUUUGACCAGACAAGAAGCCAUAGGUUAGGCUUUGGCCUGGCUUUAGUUGCUCGCUCACUCUUAAGUACUGACUAAUAAAAACAUAGAUACGUGUAUGUACAAUGUAGUUUUUUUUAGAAGACAGUUUUUUUUUUUGUAACUGAAUUUGUGCGGUUUUCAUCACUCCUAUAAUUUUUACUCCUUACUCUACACACUAAGUACUCUACACUACUUACUGUAACUGUCAGAUGUUGGUUGCAUUGUACAAACAGAGCUUCCUGGUGUUAGUAUAUCAUUUAUUUUUAAUUCACACUGUAAUAUUGCACCAUGCUUUGAGGCCUCAAAAAUACUUUCAAGAAUUUGUGCAUGUUGUGGCUUUAGAUGUGACUGUACAUUUCACAUGUCAAAUGUUUUCCCUUCCAUUUCAAUAGUGACUGUCACUACACAUGUCCCUAAUCCACUUAUUGCUCACCCGUUUCUUUUGUUUUGCUGAGAAAGCGGUUAUAACCCAUUUUAUAUAUUCACUCCAGUGUAGAUGUCAACCGGUGGGCGCACUUUGCAUGGCUGUUAUAUAAGGACUGACCCUAGCUUCUCAGAACAGGGGAGAACAGAGGGUCCUCAGUGUGUUUUCAGCUCUGCAAGGACAAAUAUAGGCCACGAUGGGAAGUUGAGUACUGGUAUACGUUUGCCCUACUAACAAAAACCCCAUCGGAUUGUCAAUGUAGAUUCCUUGUUGUAAUGCUCAAGAUAUUUAGGUUGCUUUGGUGAUGUUCAAGGUUAAAUAUUUGUCUUAAGGAUUAAUCAUUGCAAUAAAAAUGAGUAAUACAUGCUUUUCUUUAACUUAAGAUAAAUUAUUGAAUGAUUACAUGUGUUGAAGUUAAGAAACAGACUUUGAUCCAAAUGUACCGCAACACUAAUAUAAUAGGGCUGUGAUCAUGUCCUCUGUCAUAGGCCAUGGAAAAUAUAUAGGUUCAGUUUUUAACAAACGUGAACUUUUAUAUAUCUGCCUUUUUGUUUGUUUCAGAUGUGUUCAGUGUGUUAACCGUUCGAUGUGAGGUAUUUAUUAAGGAAACCUUACAGUGAAGUGAUACCUUUUGUUCACACUCCUGUAUGUCAGCCAUGUGUAUUUUUUUAGGUUCUGUUUUCUGAAGAAUGUAAAUGAGGUGUGUGUGUGUGUAUACAGUACCAAUUAAAAGUUUGUACACCUA